AUGCCGUUGAUUAAUGGCUAUAUCCUGUUGGCGCCCGCUUCUCCUACUGUUGACGCAUUUGCCGAAAAGAUGUCGGUACCACUUCGAUGGGCCAGUUUACUGCAAAGUUCAAUCAUUGAUUUCAAUCGCCUGGCACCACCUCUACAAGAUGCUUUAUUUGAAAGCAAGCUACGUCCAGCCUCUCAAAAUAUUAUACAAUUAUUGAAACUAUUGGAGAAAUCAGGUAUUUUAAGCAGUAAUUUUGUGGCAUUUCUAUCGUCAGCAUUAUCAGAUAUGUUCAAUCUUUCAUCUCAUUCAUCAUCCUUGCUUAUGCGCGUUAGAUUUAUAACGCUUAAACUGGAAGAAAUUCUACAGUGCUUCUCAUUCGACCGUUUUGUUGUUGUUUCCAAUGAGGAAGAAAUGAUCGAUCGUGCCUUGUGUUUAAUGGAUCACAAGCAGUACAUGGCUGGGAUUGUUUUCCUACAGAUCAAUGAAAAUUCUACAAAUUUUCCACCUGUAAUAACAUACAAAAUUCGUUAUCCACCUGAUUAUAUUGACUCAACACGAGAUCUAAUGGAUUCAUUUGGUCGUCAAAUUUCACGUGAUAAUUAUUUGAUCGAUUUGAAAUAUCUAACUUCUGGAUUUAGUUUCCUUCAAGAAGCUAUUGAUAAAAUUCUCAUCGAAAAUGCUACCGGUCGCAAGUACUCGACGGGUUUGUUUGCGCAACAGGAACCAUAUAAAUGUGCUGAGAUUGAUAAGUUUUAUAUAUUGAAUUUUUUGGGAAUGUUUGUUAUUCUAUCGUGGAUGUUGCCAUCAGCAUUGCUUGUUAAAAAUAUUGUUUAUGAAAAAGAGAUGCGAUUAAAAGAAAUGAUGAGAAUUAUGGGUCUCCGUGAUUCGAUCCAUUGGAUUUCCUGGAGUUUACAUUCUUUCAUUCUUACUUUUAUCUCCAUUCUCUUCAUUUCCAUUUUACUUAAGUAUGGAAAACUUUUGCCAGUAACAAAUUUCUCGGUUCUGAUUAUUUAUUUUGCACUCUUUUCGAUAGCUUGUAUAGCACAAUGUAUCUUCAUUUCAACAUUAUUUUCUCAAACAAAUAUAGCAUCAUCUAGCACUGCUGGAUUAUUUUUUCUUUUCUUCUUUCCGUAUCAAAUAUCUUUCCGGACACAAUCUUUAACCUUUAUAACAAUUACGUUACUUUUUCCUCAAACAGCAGUAGCGUAUGGUUUUGAACUGAUCUAUCUGGCAGAUAACAAUUAUAUAACUGAUUGGUCAUCGCUUCUUUCUAUUCAUAUUUCCGGGUUACGAAUUACUUUAUCGACAGUACUAGCAGCAUUUACAUUGGACACAUUCAUUUAUAUUUCUUUGGCUUGGUAUAUCAGUGUUGUUUUUCCGGGUACUUACGGUGUCCCACAACCAUUCUACUUUUUUCUCACUAAACGAUACUGGUUAGGUGAUAAUUACGUGAUAAGAUCUGUAUCAGAUGCUGAGAUAACUCCCAUUGAAGCAUCAGAUAAUUAUGAACAAGAACCGAUUGAUUUGAAGCUUACGGUAGACAUUUGUAGUCUUGUCAAAGUUUAUGGAAAUAGGACGAAAGCGUUAGAUGGCUUAAAUAUGCGAUUCUACGAAUCACAGAUAACUGCUCUACUUGGACAUAAUGGUGCAGGAAAAACAACAGCUAUCUCAAUUUUGACUGGUUUAUCACAACCAACAUCAGGUACAAUGUUUGUUUAUGGUUUAAACAUCAAAAAAUAUAUGCAUAUCAUACGUCAUUCCAUCGGUUUAUGUCCACAGCAUAAUACUCUCUUCGAUAAGUUGACUGUCAUCGAACAACUGAAAUUUUAUGGCACUUUAAAGAGUAUUCCAAGCGAUCGACUUAAUGACGAGGUUGACGAAACCAUAGAGGAUCUUGGUUUAACCGCCUCAAAAGACAAACUUGUCAGUUAUCUUUCGGAUGGUAUGAAACGUACGUUAUGCAUCGGUAUUGCUUUAAUUGGUGAUUCAAAGUUAGUAAUUCUCGAUGAACCUACAGCUGGUGUGGAUCCCCGUGCCAGGCGUUCCAUUUGGGAUAUCUUGAUCAGAAAUAAAAAAGGACGUACAAUAAUCCUAUCAACACAUCACAUGGAUGAAGCAGAUUUAUUAGCCGAUCGUAUUGCUAUAAUAUCAGAAGGGCAACUUCAGGUUGCAGGCUCAUCGUUAUUUCUCAAAAAGAAAUUUGGAAAUGGCCUGUAUUUGAAUAUUUUAAAAACAUCGAGUACCAAAGAAGUAUUUGAAAGUUCUAUGGAAAAGUUUUUGAUGAAACAAACUAAUGAACAAUGUAUGCUUGUGGAAAAGUAUGAAAAUGAAGCAUUGUAUCGGUUGCCUAUCAAUUUAACUGCGCAUGAAUUAAAAGAAUUAUUUGAAAAAAUUGAAGAAGCAAAACAUGAAUUGAAUGUUACAAAUUAUAGUAUCACUGCUCCAACACUUCAGCAGAUUUUCUUGCAAUUAGCGCCAACCGAAGAACAAGCUUUGAAAAAAGAUUAUGGUAGAUGUUGCUGUCCUAACCUUUCCAGAAGACUUCGUAGUAUUCUAUACUCUGUCAACGAAAACAUCCUGGAUAACCCGACAAAUGCAUCACUUCCAGUAUUUGUAACAGGUCAUGAACAUCCAGCCAUAGAAUAUAUACACGGUAAAGCUGUUAUACGGAAGCAGCAUUUUAGAACUGUUAUCAACAAACGUUUGAAUGAAUCCAAGCGAAGCAUUAUCAUCAUAUUCUUUGAGUUUCUAAUACCAAUUUUUUUGAUAUUUGGAGCCGAAAUAUAUAGCAAACUUCUUAGUAAACAUUAUUCAAACUACAGACCGGAAACUGCACCUCCCUUGGAAUUGAUCAGUGGAAUUUAUGGAAACUGGACGUUAAGUUAUUUCAGUCUCGAAAACCAAAAUAAAGCUACAAAAGGUCGAAAGUAUCUAAAAGCUAUAACAGCAUUUCCAGGGACUGAUGUCCGAUGCAUCAAUCAUAGUCCUGUCAGUCCAACUUUGGAUGGGAUAAUCUAUCCUUGUUAUGUCAAUGCUACUUUCUUAACGAACCUCAGUCUGCCAUCAGAAUUAGCUCCUUUUAAUGUCCCACAAAAAUGUGGUUGUGAUUCAUCAGGUUGGAAUUGUACAACAGCAAAUGAUUUUAAUUAUGAAUUGAGUAAUGUGACACUUCCCACUGCUAAUGUCAUUUAUGAUGUUACUUAUCGCAAUAUUUCACAGUUUCGAUUGCUUACUUCUGAUUUAACUAUCAAAAAUCCGUUCAUGGUCGGUGGUUGGCAGUUUGCGCAGUUUAGUGUGGUUGCCUUGAAUGAUACAGAAAAGUUACAUGCACAAAUUGGUUGGCAUAAUUCAUUGAGUUUUAUGAAGAAAGCAACAGAAAUAUGGGAAAUCGAUUGGCAACGUGCUGCACUCAAUGUAAGCUUUGUCGAGAAUCCAUUUAGUCCUCGGAAUAAAACUUUUAAGGAUCUUAUUGCUACUUCAAUGGCAAAUUUUGAUACGGAAGAGAACAGUAAGGUAUGGUACAACAACAAAUUGUGGCAUUCAUUGCCCAUUUCCAUCAAUGCUUAUCAUAAUGCAAUUUUACGCUCUGAAAGUUCGGUGGAUCCUGCAACUAUUGGAAUUCUCACUUACUCACAUCCAAUGAACUAUAGCUUAUCAUCAUACAUUGAUAGCAUCCCACUGAUUCGCAUAAUAUCUUUCCGGAUAAUUUUAUUACUAUUAACUGUUUCACUUGUUACUGCAUGCUUUUGUUUAUCACUUGUUGAAGAACGUAUAUCAUUUAGUAAACAUUUGCAAAUGAUCUCAGGUCUUACACCUUUCAUUUACUGGUUCGCUAAUUUCAUCGUUGAUAUUAUAACAUAUUUAAUAGUUACUGCUAUUAUUAUCAUUUCAUAUAACAUCAUGGCAGUUGGUCAUUUUGUUAUUACUCCUUACUAUUCUGCUUCACUUUUCGUUCUACUAUUUUGUGCUGGCUUAUCACUAAUUUCUCUCACCUAUGUGUGUCAAGCACUCUUCAACCUACCAUCAUUAGCAUAUAUUGUUAUUGGUAUUGGAUUUUUUUUUAUCGGCGCAAAUUGCACCACUAUAGUGAUUUUCUUAGAGAAUCAAUUGUUAAAGGAUGAAGCGCUAAUAAUGGCUUAUAAAAUUUGUAGUGUAUUGUUUAUAGCAUUUCCCCAUUACAACCUUGGAAUGGCUGCUUAUCGCCUGAGUUUUGUUGGUGUAUUACGAAUGCAAAGUGAACUAUAUCUUAAGGAUAUAAAUCGAAAAGAUCAAAUUAACUAUCUACCGUUACCCAAUCCGCUUGAGUGGCAUUUAAUGGGAAAGCAUUUAAUAGCACUUAUCAUAGAAUUUUGUUUCUGUUCACUGAUCUUACUCUUAAUUGAAUAUCGUCAUCGUCUGAGCUCAUGGAUAAAAUAUCGCGAAUCUGUGCAGACAAUGCAACUGAUUGCUAACACAGAAGAGUCUGAAUUGGAUGAAGACGUUAAGAUGGAACAAGUACGAGCAGAUGGAUUAAGUUUGGAACCAAACGAUGACCAUAGACUGAUUGUUAACGGUGUAUCAAAGUCCUAUGAUGGACAAACAUUAGCAGUGCGUAAUGUUUCAUUCGCGGUCAAAAAUGGUGAAUGUUUCGGACUAUUAGGUGUAAAUGGAGCCGGUAAAACGUCAAUGUUUCGUAUGUUGACCGGACAAGUACCGAUUGGUGCUGGAGAUAUACUUAUUAACAGCAAAAGUAUUCAAUGUAUGAGUUCAAGUAGUUUGACCAGUUUUGGCUACUGUCCACAGUUUGAUGCAUUAAAUCCAAAAUUAACAGCAAGGGAACAUCUUCGUCAUUAUUCGCUUCUUCGUGGUAUCAAGAAAGACGAUGUUGAUAUGGUGAUAAAUUGGGCACUGAAUGAGCUACAAUUGAAUUCUUAUGCGGAUGAGAUUGUUUCAAAUUAUUCCGGUGGUAAUAAGCGCAAAUUAUCAGUUGCGAUUGCUCUUGUGGCCGAUCCGCCAUUAUUACUGCUUGACGAACCGAGCGCUGGAAUGGAUCCAUUAGCUCAACGUUUCAUGUGGAAUGUCUUGCUAGCACUACGAAAGAAUAAACGUGCAAUGGUGAUAACAUCACAUAGCAUGGAGGAAUGUGAAAUACUUUGCAAUCGAGUAGCAAUAAUGAAUCAUGGACAGCUUCGAUGUGUCGGAUCAAUUCAACAUCUGAAACAUAGAUUUGGUGAAGGAUAUACACUAACAAUCAGAUUACCAACGAAUGAAAGUAUCAGUAAAGUUCAAAAUUCCAUGAAAAUUCUUCUGCCUGCUGCACGAUUGGAAGCUGUACAUUUUUUAACUAUGUUUUAUCAAAUCCCGAAUGUAUCUUGUACCAUUGCAAACGUAUACGAUGUGAUAUGCAAAAUGCAAGGAACUAUACAAAUUGAUGAUUAUUCAUUAUCGCAAACAACAUUGGAUGAUAUGUUUGUUUCAUUUGUCAGCACCUCGUCCAAUAAAAAUGAUGGUUGA